CAGCGGUUGAGGACGAGUUUGUCUCAGAGCAGAAAUCCUCGACGCCGACGGCAGAGCGACCAGGAAGAGGAGGAGGUGAAGGAGCAGGAGGAGGAGGAGGUGAAGGAGCAGGAAGAGGAGGAGGAGCAGGUGAUGGACGAGGAGACGGAAACAGUCCAGUUGGUCAGAGGAAGCUGCGUUGCCGUGGCAGCAGCAGGUGCUGAGUCAGCAGGUGUGUCAGGUGAAGACGAGGACGCAGGUGAACCGGAGCAGCAGUCUCACCUGCGCACAGCAGCGGUUGAGGACGAGUUUGUCUCAGAGCAGAAAUCCUCGACGCCGACGGCAGAGCGACCAGGUACAGAGAAAAGUUCACUCCACAAUAAUUCUGCAAACUUUUUAUUUUACUGUUGAGUUUUAGUUGUUUGAAGUCGGUCGUUAACCCUUAAACAC